AUGGCGGCCGAGUUCGAGGCGGAUCUGGAGGGCGAGCGGAUCAAGCACGCCAGCUUGACGGCGCGAGCGAUGGAAGUGGCGGUCGAGGUUGCGGUCACGUCUGCUGAGCAGCGGGUGCGGCACGCCGCCGCCGCCGAACGAGCAAAGGCGGAGGCGGUGGUGCGCGCCACCUCGCGCCUGAUGGCGAAGCACCGCACGGAGCUGCGCGUCGCGGUCGAGCAGGCGGCCGACGAGGCGAGGGCCGCCGCCGAGCAGCGGGCGCUGGCCGAGCGCGCGGGCAUGGUCGAGGCGUCGAAGCGAGAGGCGGUGGCGGCGGCGAAUCGGGUCGCUGCGCAGGAGAAGGAGGCGGCGGCGGCGGAGUCGAGGGCGCGCGCGAUUCGCGAGGCGCUCCAGCAGGCGGCGGCGGAGCACGAAGCGGCGCUGGCAAAGGCGGCGGAGGCGGCGCUCGCCGAAAAGAGCCGCGCCCUGGCCACGGCGACUGCUGAGGUGGAGGCGAGGGUCCGAGCCGAGGCGGCGGAGGGGAAUGCCGCCCGCGAAUCUGUGGCGACAGCGAAGCUACUCGCGGAGAAGGAGUCGGCGGAGAUUGCUCGCCAGGGCACCGCUCAGGCGGCGGCGGCGGCGGCGGCGGCGGAGGAGGCGAGAGCGGCUGUCCAGGCGGCGGCGAAGGCAGAACUAGCGGCUGCUCUCGCCGCGGCGCGCGGGGAACGGGACGCGGCCGUCGCAGCUGCGGCGAAGCUGGCCGAGGAGCGCACGCUGGAGAGGUGGCGGGCCGACGCGGUGAGCUCCGCCGCCGCCGCCCGCUCGGAGUUGAGCCGUGUGCGGGCGGAGGCGGAGGCGGAGGUUGCUUUUCUGCGCCGGGAGCUCGAGGGGGCGGUGGCGCGCAAGGCGGAGGCCGAGGGCUACUUGGCGUUGCGCACGCACGAGACGAGCGAGCAGACGAGCGAGCAGGAGUCUAGGGGUGGCGCCGGGCGGGGAGGGGGUGGGGGCGGCGAGGGCGGCGAGGCGGCUCCUGCGACUCUCGUCGUCGCAGGCGUCGGCGCGGGGAGCGUCACUCUCGACUGGAGCUGCGGCGUCGGCGAGGCUACCAGCGGAGGAGGCACUGGAGGUGGCACGCUCUACGAGCUGCAGUGGCGAGCUGCCAAGCCGGGGCGGGCGUGGGGCGAGUGGGCGACGUCGGAGAGUGCCCGCGCGAUGGUCGCCCACUCUGCCACGAAGCGCAACCUCGACCCCGCCGCACUACACCAGUUCCGCCCGCAGCCUGCCUCCGACUCAGCUGACCCCCCGCAAGUACCCCCGACCAAAGCCAAGAAGGCUGCUUCACGCGCUGAUGCGCCUUUGGCGGCGGCCCCCGGUAGCCAGAGCGAGCAGGCGGCCGAGGACAACCCGCCGCCGCCACAGCAAGCGCAGCCGCCGCCGAUGCCGAGCUCGCCGCAUGCGAGGAAGGAGACUCCGCUGCCGGCGAGGAGGGAGGUUCGCAGGCCGGCCGGGGCCGAGGAGAGCCAAGAUGAGUUCUACCCCGAGGUCGGACGGCGGACAGCGGGCGGUUGCGGCGACGAGGUCGCCAUUGACGACUUUUGCCCUCCGACCGACAAAGAGACUGUGAUAGACCUCGACGACGGGGUCUACAGCUUGGCAAACGCCCGAGCAUCCCAGAGGAGCAGCUCGACGGACCUCGCCGGCAUGGGGCUGAGUUAG